CAAUGGAUACAAGCGCGACUCAACCUGUGGAAGCCGCGAGGAACAGCUGAUCCUCCCGCAGUGGAUAACACCGAUCACCAUGGUCACCGCCGAGUCCUGAUUUCUCAUAUCGCACGCGCUGCACUAUGUGAUUAGUUAUUGGGGAAGUAGAAAAUAAGAGGAAAUAGCUAAAAGGAAAGUAGAUUGGAGGGAGUGGAGGAGUGUUGUUUUCGUGGAGAGGGUUAUUUCUAUUGGACGUGUUGAUCAUCAGUGUGACAGACGGACACACUGACGACCUCACCGACCAUCAGUUAUGUUUUCGCCAAGUUUGCUUCUUUUCGCCUCUUCUCACUUUUUGGCUCCUCUGUUUCUCUGCUACCUGCCGCAAGUCUCCGCACAGAAGCCGGGCUCACGGUGGCUGAUCGGAGACAGAGACAGUCACUGCGGGGUCAUCUGCCCGCGGACGCAGGGGAAGCCGGUGUGCGGCUCGGACGGGCGGAGCUAUGAGACCGGCUGUGAACUGCAGAGGGCGCGCUGCAAAGACAAAACCCUGACACUGGCACACCGCGGCCGGUGUCGAGGUAAAAACUGGGUGAAAAUGGAUCAGCUGCCGGUGGCUCCAGCACCGACAUCCACAUCUGAGGCGAGAGACCUGGAGCUCAAAGAUGCAGGUCAGUCCAAGUGUCGCGUUGAGAGGAACCAGGCCAUGGAGCAAGGCAGGAGACCUCAGGACACCAUGUUUAUCCCAGAAUGCAACGAGGAUGGAACAUUUGCACAGGUCCAGUGCCAUACUUUGACAGGUUACUGCUGGUGUGUCACCAGUGAUGGCAAGCCAGUGAGUGGCUCCUCUGUGCACAACAGGACCCCGGUGUGUUCAGGAAACUUCCGUGAAUUUAUGGAAACUCAUGCUGGGACAAGUGGAUUGUCAGGGUCAGUAACCGAUAGACCACCUGGGCCACCGAACUCUGGUCGAAAAGUCUCUUUCCGUUUCUUUCUCACCCUCAACCCAGACGAUGGUUCCAAGCCCACACCCACCAUGGAGACUCACGUCCCCCCUGAGGGCGAGGAGAUAACUGCUCCAACACUGUGGAUUAAACAGCUGGUUUAUAAGGAGAAUAAGCAGAACACCUCCGCUUCCAGGAAGCAAGAGAAAGUUCCCUCUUGUGACCAGGAGCGACAGAGCGCACUGGACGAGGCUCGGCAGAAUCCUCGCGAGGCCAUUUUCAUCCCUGACUGUGGGCCUGGAGGCCUUUACAAACCAGUCCAGUGCCACCAGUCCACAGGCUACUGCUGGUGUGUUCUGGUGGACACAGGACGACCCAUUCCCGGAACAUCCACCAGCCAUGUCCCUGCUGUCCUCUCCUCUCUGUGUAACAGGUACCAGACGCCGGAGUGUGACGGCACCGCACGAUCUCACAUCCCAGAUACUGAAGAUCCUUUCCAAGGCAGAGAACUGACAGGCUGCCCAGAGGGGAAGAAAGUGGAAUUCAUUACAAGCUUGUUAGAUGCCCUCACCACAGACAUGGUUCAAGCCAUAAACUCACCAGCCCCCUCUGGUGGUGGGAGGUUUGUUGAGCCUGAUCCCAGUCACACUUUAGAGGAGAGGGUGGUGCACUGGUACUUCGCCCAGCUGGAUAACAACGGCAGCCACGACAUCAACAAGAAGGAACUCAAGCCGUUUAAGAAGUACCUGAAGAAGAAAGCCAAACCCAAGAAAUGUGCCCGCAAGUUCACUGACUACUGUGACCUGAAUAAGGACAGGGCCAUUUCCCUGCAGGAGCUGAAAGGCUGCCUGGGAGUCAGCAAGGAGGGUAGCUCAACAACAGUUGGCCACCAAGGGACAAGGCAAGGGACAAAACUGUUCAUAGGUCGUCUGGUGUGAGAAGAGAAGGACCCAGAAGCUGAGACGAGAGCAGAGGGCACAGAGGGAAGGCAUCUGUACGCUUGCUGACAGGAAAGAGAAAGAUGGAGCAGAAAAAUUGAAAAGUUCCUGAGGUACAAAAAAAGUGAACAGAAAAACAAGAAAACAAAGCGGCGCCAAAAUAUUUGCACUUUCUCCUCCCUAUGUUUGACAUUUUAUCUGUUUGUACAUGUUUUCUUUUUUUCCCUCUUGAAGUGAUUGAAAAGGUCUAGGUAAGAAUGAGAAUAUAUUUGUAAAAAAAGAGGACAGGCUCACCACUGGAAGAUGUUACCACAUUCCCCUUGUGUUUUAGUCUGCCGUUGUUAUUUGUUCUAUCAUCCCAUAACAGGAAAAGGCAUUAACACACAUUUUGUGGCUAUUAAAUUAAACUAGCAUUUCCCUUGUUACAAAUAGGAGCACACAGGCCAGUGGUAUGUCACUAAAGAGGAUCUUACAGUGAGUCACAUUCAGCUCAAAUGUUGCUCUAUAGUCAAAAAGGACGAGCUAUGGCAACGUAGACCAAUUUUAUUGAACGUGUUAUGUAUGUGAGCACGCAAUAUAAAAGUGAAACGGCAUGUUACUAGAAUUGAACUGUGACCAUGGGGUCUAAUUUAUCAGCACAGAAUUAGCUUUAUGAAUCCCUUGCACUGUACUGAACUUUCUAGAAACAUUAACAUUUUAGAUUAAGAAUCAGAUCCUUCUAAAAUGUCUCAGAUGUGUUAUGUCUGGUUUUUGUUCAGUACUUACCAGUGUUGGGGGAAACUAACUAGUAAUUAUAUGCUUACCACACAGUUUCCUAAAAGGAGUACCUUUUGUGCUCCCAAAACCAUUGCAAGACCAUUAUGUUCUAUGUAGUUUUCAGCAUGUUGUCUCCACAAGAUGCCUUGAAGUUUGCUAUAUUUUUUUUAUUUUUAUAACAUUUGUGCUAACAAAAAAACAAAAUUAGUAAAAAAAAAAAAAAAGAAAAAAAAAAGGAAAUAGAAUAGAUUGUGAGUAUUCAAAAAUGUGUAGCAGGUAUCCAUAAUAACAAAGGUGAUAGGAGUACUUUAAAGUCAUGCAUCCCCCCCAACACUGGUGCAGUACUUACACAGUCUUAGCCGUAUAUUAACGCAGCUUAACACUGCAGCAAACAGCUGGUAAAACAUUUACACAUGUAUGUGGCAGUAUGGACAUAUUAAAGCUGCAUUAAUGAAUUGUUGAGAUACACAACCCUGAACUAGUAUUGCUUUAUAAAGUUGUCACGGCAAAAUGAUCAUUCCAAAUCCAAUAUACACUCUCCUUUUAGCUCCGUUUUGGUCUCCACCACCUCCUGAGGAAAAUAUCUGGCUGUUUAGCUGAAAAAGUCUCCACUACGUUAACUAGCUAUUUGCCAACAUUGUCUGUCUGGUGUUUGGUGCUGAGCAGCUAGAAUAUAGUUGGAUUAUCAUGGCUUAUUUGCUGCAGACGACUUGAUGAGACUGCUGUGACCAAACUAUUUAGUAAAUGUGCCAGAAAAACAAUGACUUCCAAGAAUUUAGAACAAAAGCGGCUGAGUUGGGCGAUAAUGCUCUGAGGGUUUGUCUGUAUAGAGAGACCCCUUUCACAAUCCACUAGAUUUAAUGUUGAUGUAUAAAAAAAAAUUGAUUGAUGCAGCUUUAAGCCAAACCUACAAUGAAGGCCAUUGGUUUACACAGAUCUUGUGUCACUCUGUUGUUCUAUGUGUAAUUAUAUCUCAAGGUACAAGUCAGUGUGGCUGAUUUCAUUAUCCUACUUUAACCUUAAAAAACAGCUCAAGUGUAUCUACAGUGUGUUAAUGGUAAAUUCUGCAUGUUUAUUUUUCUCAGUGUUUGGUGAUCAUGGGUUCAUCGGGCUCAACUUGCAAUAACAAAUCUCACUAAGACCCCCUGGUGGGGAUUUUUUUUUCCAAAACAGAUUACAGUCCACAGAAGGACUUAAAUAUUUGUAUUACUACCAGGGAAAAAAGGUGGCACAGAUGACUAAACCCAACCAGUAAAUGGAGUUUGUUUACAUGACUCAGUAUCCCGGUAAUAUCAGCUAAUUUGAGCCGUCAGAUUUACGUUUAUCCCAGUUAUUGUAAACGAGAUGUGGCAUUUACAAAUGCCUUUUUCUAAAAUAAAUAAUUGAGUCUCCCCACUAAUAUCCGAGUAAAUUUUGUGUAUGUAAACACAUUCAUUGUCUGUCCUCCAACAGUUGAUGUCAGACCUGCUCUGUGAAACACUUAACCAGCACACAUACUUGUCUUUGGAGAGUUGCCACCUUAAGACAAUGCAGCAAGUCUUAAAAUACCCCCCAGGGUGUCCGAUCAAGAGGAAAAUGACAGACCAGGGAGGACAAAACACUAGAAAAAAACCUUAUGAUCAAGUUUGGGAAUGUAAAUAAAAUGUUUCUAUUGCAUUUGGGAACAAUUGAGUUUAAAAAUUUGAGAACUGUGGUCUGAAUGCUUGUUUAUUUCUUUGCAUAUUCUCAAGUAACCGCAGUGGAUCAUGAGCAUAAGACAAAAACAAGCUCCCAUUGUUAAUAUGUACAAUAACGUUUAUUUGUGGGUUUGAUUUACUCAAUUUCAUUGUUGGUUAGAUGGGUAGUUAACUUACUCACUUCACUGUCAUUCUGACUUAUUGUAAAGAAAGAUAAACUUCUCUGUGUUUACGUCAUGUCCAACAUUAGACUCCUACAGUAGCUAAUAACAUGUAACUGCUGAGACCUGUAUGUUAUAAGCUCUGAGCACUGUUUAUUUUAUCAUUGGUGGGGUUAACUCACCAUUUCAGCUUGUGUUUUACAACUCCUGUCAUCAUAAUACACGUUCAAGUAUGUAUACAGUAUCUAUCUGGUGCUUAAUCCACUACAAUCACAAGUCCAAUCGCAUCUAAUUUGAACUGGACAG